AUGACAACAACAAAGAAAUCAAUUAAGUUCCUGCUCAAAAAGCCGUUUCUGGCCUUGUUCAAAAACGACAAGAAAAAGAAAAAGGAUGGGACGCAAACUGUUCCGACCGAUAUAUCAAAACUGGAACCAGACAAGUCGGUUAGUCAGUUGCAGGGAGAAUUUCAGAAACUGGAGAUUAAAACGGUAGAGAGUGUAGUAGAUGAAGAUGAAGAAUUCAAAAAUUUUACUUACAAAGUCAUUGAUGAGAAAGAAGACGAAACAGAAGUAAUAGAAGGAAGAAAUGGUAGAAUAAAUUCGGAUACUUCUGGUGAUAGUGGCAUCUCUAUCAGUCAAGUCAACACACGCACAUUCUCCGGUGGACAAGUAUUUGUGAACGACUCUUUAGCUUCAGCUGAAUAUGUUCUUAAUCAUGCGAUCAAUGAAGUGGACAACAAAGUCUUCAACACCACAGACUCUAACGUCGAGCAAAACUUGGAACUAGCGGAAGAAUUCCUCAACGAAAUAAUGUUCUGUUCCCCUGACUCCUUCAUGCCAUUCCCAGAUAUUCCCCAACAGUUCGAGCAGGAAAUAUCCACAUUUCAAAUCGACGAAUCGCCGAGUCAAAUUAAUUUCGAACCGCCGCUAAUACAAAUUGAAUCUUUUAACAGCAUUUACCCGACUCCUCCUCGAUCCGAAAACAUGACUAGUCCAAUGUCAGAUUAUGGUUACCACCUUAGCGUUGACUCCCCAUCCUGCACGGCAUCUAGUUACAACGAUCACGAGAAAUACCAAGAAAUACCUCCAUUAGAUGAGCCCUUAGAGAACGUAAUUGACGAAUUUCCAAUUACAGUUACUGACAACUUUGGCAGUGACAGUGACGCUAACAAUAAACCGAGAGAACGAAAAAAUAGCGCGACAUUAACACUUAAACAAUACAAAGACAUGCAAAGGGAGAUAUCAAACGAGUUCUCCAAAACGGAAUGCUGCGCAUUGAAUAAGAAAUCUUGCAGAGAACUGCUCCAGAAUUGUAUGAAGAAGUUGACAGUUGAAGAUAGGACGUCCCUGUGCCAUAAAAUAGCAAAUUUCGAUGUCGAACAUUCGUACGGACUGAUUUGUUUUCCAGGUCUGAAGCUCCUCAAAUCCGCAGUGAUGAGGUGCCCAGCACGGCCUAUUCUUACCCGAUACCUAGUGCAGUGCAUACAGCGAGUUGCCAAAUCUAAAUCAUUAAAAGUCGACCUAUCUAUUUUUAAUGAGGUGGACGCUUUAGGUGAUAACCUACUGAUAGCUUGCGCGAGGGCAGGUGACAGAUAUGCACUUGUACUGAACGAACUGGUUUGUGCCGAAGUACCGUUGUUUAACAUUCACCACGCUAACACUGAUGGGUAUACGGCACUCCAUGUCGCUUGCAGCACCCACACCUCGACAUCGUCCCAGGGUCAUAUCGUUCAUGUCCUGUUGGAGCAUGGUAAUGCAGACCUUUGGAAAGGGGAUAUCCGUGGCGGCGACACAGCGCUCCAUCUAGCUGUGAACUCAGCUAACUGCGACCUCAAACUGGUCAUGGUGAUUUUCAAGCACGUCGAACGCAAAAUGUGGAAAAAACUUGCCCACGCGCCCAACAGAAGCUCAGUAACUCCACUGGAGUAUGCUCGGUCGGCGAUCAAAUCGACAUCGAGACAGAACUACCCUCCAGAAGUGUUAGAGUUUCUCAAGAAAUGCCGUUAGAAACAUUAUAAUACAACUAAAAUUGGAAAGUUCGAUUAUUUCUUUCAAAUGUUGCAUGUGAGUUUGGUUCUUGUCAUAAAUAUUCGCAAUAGCUUCAUUCAGCGGCAUUUAUUAAUAGUUUUAACGAAUGCUUAUUAAAGUUAUAAAAAAAUGACAACGGAAAAUCAAAAAGUUAGACAUAAUUAAGUCCUGUUUACACAUUGACGUUCAACAAACAGCUAGGCACCCAAUCCCUUAUUAUAAUUAUAUAUAUAUUAUUAUAAGGUCGUCAAAAAUGUCCGAGCGGCGUUGUAUAUACGUAUAUAUUAACUUAUACAGAUAACAUUAAAACAUUCAUUCAAAUUAACACCUUACUUCGUGGCAGUAGUGUUCAAAGUCUAUUGUAUACGCUCGUUAGAAGCUCGGACGCGAACACGAGGCAAGAACAUUUUGUUUUAGCAAUUUAAAUGUAAUUAUUAGCAUUAGCAAAAUGAUAAAAUGCCAAGUUAUCUGAAAUACCGCACUACAUCCUUUUUAAGCUUGGAUACGCUGUUAUUUUUAGUGCACAUUUUGUCGUUGCGUGGCGUUGUAUUCAAAGCGCGGUCGCAACAUAACUGACCGAAAACUCUGCCUAAUAGACGCGUACUCAGAGUUUUCCUUCAGAUAAUUUUUGAGCGUGAUUGUUAGUAUAGUUGUUUACUGUUUGUCAAUGUGAUUGAUCAAUAUUGUUAUCAACAACUCUUCAUUAACAAGUCAUGCUUUGAAGUUAAUGUCUCUUAAGUUGAUAAGUCUUUUAGAGUCAGUUUUUAAACGAUUUGUGUUAUUACAAAAAAGUUAAACAUGUGUUGAACACUUGUUUUAAAAAAGUUCUAUUACAUAUGUGUGUCUUUCUGUUGUUUAGCGUUCAACAAUCUUUAGACAUUGUUUAUCUUUAAACACGAGUCGAAGCUUGUCUAAGGUGUCUCUAACAGAUAUCUAUCUGUUAGACACUCCUUAGACAAGCGGCUGUCAUCUGACAGCUAACAAAAUUUGCGUUCCGCUUCUAUAAUUGUGUCUUUACACUUCAGUUUAUAUUGUGUUUAACGACGUUUUAGUUAAACACAAGCUAAACACUGUUUUGUAAUAGAAAUAGAUGUAAUCCAAUUUAGGCGUCGUUAUAGUUAGGUCACUGUCUAACAAAACAUGUGUCUAAGCCAUGUUUAAAUUAUUUUGUUUAAUAACACCGAAUAGUUUAUAUAGAAUAAGUCGUAAUUUUGGGGAUAUAUUAUUUCUAUUUAAAAUGAUGAUCUUCACCAUAAAAUCCUCUAAAUUGUCAUAAAAUCACUUCGUGUAUACACCCCAAACGCUUGAACGAGACUGUGCUCGCUCAACAGCUCCUGAAGAUGCCUCGUGUCGAAGUGAUUUAGUGAACCUUAGCGGAAAUAAAGAUGAUCAUUAAUGGCAUUUUAAUUUUAAAAGGGUUAUGUUAUUUUUAGACUUAAAUUGAGAAUCACUUAAGCAUAUUUAGGUUUUUAAUGUUUAUCUAAAGACACAUCACAAUUAAUUGUAAUAUUGAGUUAUGUAGUAAUUCUAGAUCAUAAUAUUAUGUGGAAAUGUAAUUUUAUAAGUUUUACUCAUCAUUUGUGGUAAAUAAUACAAUAAUAAAAUGAUUUUGAUUACUUUUUUAUAAGAAACCCGAAGUGUCCAGUACUUUGUGGGGACAGCCGGUUUGUUUAUCAAUAAUUUUAGUAUAUUCCGUAAGAUGAAGUCUCAAUGUUCUGACGAAAAGAAACCUGGUUUGACAAUAUAUUUUAGUAUAUGUGACCAGAGCAAUACGUUGUGGUAAGGAAACUUGGUUUGACAAUACAUUUUGGUAAUAUAACCUAGAACAAUACUUUGUGGUAUGGAAACUUGGUUUGACAAUACAUUUUAGUAAUAUAACCUAGAACAAUACUUUGUGGUAUGGAAACUUGGUUUGACAAUACAUUUUAGUAAUAGUAACCAGAGCAAUUCCUUGUGGUAAAUAAACAUUGUUUGACAAAACAUUUUAGUUUGGUAUAAGUAACCAGGACAAUACUUUGUGGUAAGGAAACUUGGUUUGACAAUACAUUUUAGAAAUAGUAAUAACCAUAGCAAUGCUUUGGGCUUAGGAAACCUGGUUUGACAUUACAUUUUAGUAAAACCAACCAGAACUAUACUUUGUGGUAAAUAAACCUGGUUUGACAAUACAUUUUAGUAAUAGUAACCAGAACUACUUUGUGGUAAAUAAACCUGGUUUGACAAUACAUUUUAGUAAUAGUAACCAGAACUACUUUGUGGUAAAUAAACCUGGUUUGACAAUACAUUUUAGUAAUAGUAACCAGAACUACUUUGUGGUAAAUAAACCUGGUUUGACAAUACAUUUUAGUAAUAGUAACCAGAACUACUUUGUGGUAAAUAAACCUGGUUUGACAAUACAUUUUAGUAAUAGUAACCAGAACUACUUUGUGGUAAAUAAACCUGGUUUGACAAUACAUUUUAGUAAUAGUAACCAGAACUACUUUGUGGUAAAUAAACCUGGUUUGACAAUACAUUUUAGUAAUAGUAACCAGAACUACUUUGUGGUAAAUAAACCUGGUUUGACAAUACAUUUUAGUAAUAGUAACCAGAACUACAUUGUGGUAAAUAAACCUGGUUUGACAAUACAUUUUAGUAAUAGUAACCAGAACUACUUUGUGGUAAAUAAACCUGGUUUGACAAUACAUUUUAGUAAUAGUAACCAGAACUACUUUGUGGUAAAUAAACCUGGUUUGACAAUACAUUUUAGUAAUAGUAACCAGAACUACUUUGUGGUAAAUAAACCUGGUUUGACAAUACAUUUUAGUAAUAGUAACCAGAACUACUUUGUGGUAAAUAAACCUGGUUUGACAAUACAUUUUAGUAAUAGUAACCAGAACUACUUUGUGGUAAAUAAACCUGGUUUGACAAUACAUUUUAGUAAUAGUAACCAGAACUACUUUGUGGUAAAUAAACCUGGUUUGACAAUACAUUUUAGUAAUAGUAACCAGAACUACUUUGUGGUAAAUAAACCUGGUUUGACAAUACAUUUUAGUAAUAGUAACCAGAACUACUUUGUGGUAAAUAAACCUGGUUUGACAAUACAUUUUAGUAAUAGUAACCAGAACUACUUUGUGGUAAAUAAACCUGGUUUGACAAUACAUUUUAGUAAUAGUAACCAGAACUACUUUGUGGUAAAUAAACCUGGUUUGACAAUACAUUCAAGUAUACUUAUCCAGAACUUUCAGUACCUCCUUUUUGUUAUAAGAUUUCGGUAUUGUUAUAUCAACUGACAUUUAAAAAAAAAACAAUGAAAUCUGUUUUGUCAUCACAUUCAUUUAGUACCUGAAGCACAUCAUUACAAUGAUUUAUAUUAUUUUUUAUAAA